UAUUUCAUAUAUCGAAACAAAAUAUUGUAUCGAUAUCGUAUCGCAACUCGUGAUAUCGAUAUAAUUUAACCGAUAUGAUGAACAAUGAUAUUGAUAUAUUGAAUAUCGUAUCGGUAUCGCGCAUCACUAAUAGAAGUUAAACAAACAGCAACCUUUAUCAUCAAACAAAUAACAAGCUUUUUUGAUAAAAAUAUAAAAGAAUAAAGGGAUGCUUGUAUACAUCUCCUUCUAAUGAGUAUGUUUUUUGACUUUGAAAAUUCCAUUGCCCAGAAGAGGAUUUAAACACGUUUAAUUUGAUGAGCUACAGCUUCGCAUAAAGUUUGGAUUGCUACGAUUUACAUGCACCUGAGCUAAGAUGUUUGAAUAUGAAUUAAUAAACGCUAUUCGUCAAUAUCCUUGUCUAUAUGACAAAAACAGUAAAACAACAGAGAAGUCACAGGAAAUUAUUAGAAGAUGCUGGAAAGACGUGGCUCGUGAAACCGGGGAACCGUUGGAAAGAUGUCAGAACCGUUGGCGAUCUCUUCGUGACAGAUUCGUUAAAGAGACUAGACACUUUGAAGAAGGAAAGAGAGCAACUUGUUGGCAGUAUAUGGCCGAAAUGGAAUUUUUAAGGGACUUUUUAGAGCCGCGAAAACGAUAUGCGUCUGACCCCGCCAAGAAAACUCGCACUGUAUCCAAAGCACAGAAAGAAGAGCCCCAGGAAAAUAUUUAUUCGGACCGUAACGGGUCUGAAGAAGAAGAAGCCUAUAGUUCUUCGCAUAAAAGAUCAUAUGACGAUGAUAUAGAUUAUCAGCUUGCAGAAGAAGAUACUACCGACGGUCCUAUGGGACCAAAAAUACCUUUUAUAGAAGCAUUCUUAGAGUCGCCAAUAAAUGAGCCCCUAAUUAGUCAGUCAUAUCAGAAAGCGACAAGUUCAAGAAUGGCUAUCCAGAUUGCACAGACAAAAUUUGAUAAAUUGGUUGGAACUUUAAAUGAAUAUAUUAAAGGGCGUAUCAAGGAAAGAGAGGAAACCAAUGACGAUGAUUUCUUUGGAUUACUAAAGAAAUAUCUUGCUAAAAUACCCGAAAAUGAGCAAGAUAAGUUAAAAGCGGAUAUUUUAAUUAUGGUUUUUAAUAAAGCCAGAGAGAGCUAAA